AUGGCGGCUUCAAAUCGUUCGAUGGAGUCCCGCGUGGGAAGGACUAAUCAAAGAUACGGCACCAAAGGCGAGCGACUCGUGGCCGGUAUCGUUCCGUUAUCUGCCGACAAGACCAAAGUUUUGAUGAUUCAGUCUGCUGGGCCAGGUGGAUGGGUACUGCCAAAAGGUGGCUGGGAACUGGAUGAGCCAACUGCUCAACAGGCAGCGCAACGAGAAGCUUGGGAAGAAGCAGGUGUUAUCUGUACUGUGCAGCGAGAUCUUGGUGUGAUCCCCGACAUGAGACCUGCCACAUUACUCACAACCUCGGCUCCUAAAGCAUCAUAUCAAUUUUUUGAAGCCAUCGUCAGCCGAGAAGAGGCUCAAUGGCCUGAGAUGCAUAAAAGGAAACGACAAUGGGUCACAUAUGCACAAGCUGCAUCAGCCCUGGUUAAUCGCCCUGAGCUGCUUGAAGCGUUAAAUCGCAGUUCAUUACGACGUUAG